AUGAGCUCAACACAAGCGCCCGUCGAGCCGCCCAAGAGACGCCGCAUCGGUGUCCUCACCUCGGGUGGUGAUGCCCCCGGUAUGAACGGAGCCGUGCGGGCCGUCGUCCGUAUGGCCAUCUACUCCGACUGCGAAGCAUACGCCGUGUUCGAAGGUUAUGAGGGGUUGGUUCAUGGUGGUAAUAUGAUUCGUCAGCUGCACUGGGAAGAUGUCCGUGGCUGGCUCUCCAAGGGUGGUACGCUGAUUGGAUCUGCUCGGAGCAUGGCUUUCCGCGAACGCGCUGGACGUCUCAAGGCCGCUAAGAACAUGGUGCUCCGCGGUAUCGAUGCUCUCGUUGUCUGCGGUGGUGAUGGAAGUUUGACCGGUGCCGACGUCUUCCGUUCGGAAUGGCCUGGUUUGCUGGAGGAGCUGGUCAAGACCGGCAAGUUGACUGAAGAACAGAUCAAGCCGUACAAGGUGUUGAACAUUGUUGGUUUGGUUGGUUCUAUUGACAACGACAUGUCCGGCACUGACGCCACGAUCGGCUGCUAUUCCUCUCUCACACGAAUUUGCGAUGCCGUCGAUGACGUUUUCGAUACCGCCUUUUCCCACCAGCGAGGUUUCGUUAUUGAGGUUAUGGGGCGACACUGCGGUUGGUUGGCUUUGAUGUCCGCCAUCAGCACGGGUGCUGACUGGUUGUUCAUUCCGGAGAUGCCUCCUCGCGAUGGGUGGGAGGAUGCCAUGUGCUCUAUCAUUACCAAGAACCGCACAGAACGUGGCAAGCGUCGUACUAUUGUUAUCGUGGCCGAAGGUGCUCAGGACCGCAGUCUCAACAAGAUUUCUAGCUCCACGAUCAAAGAUAUUCUCACUCAGCGGCUCGGGCUGGAUACUAGAGUUACUGUGCUGGGACACACUCAGAGAGGAGGAGCAGCAUGCGCGUAUGACCGGUGGCUGUCCACCUUGCAGGGUGUCGAAGCCGUCCGGGCUGUUCUGGAUGUGAAGCCGGACUCCCCAUCGCCAGUCAUUACCAUUCGCGAGAACAAGAUCAUGCGGACUUCGCUGAUGGACGCAGUGCAAGAAACCAAGUAUGUAUCGAAGCUCAUCCAUGACAAGGACUUUGAGGCAGCGAUGAAAAUGCGGGAUGCCGAGUUCAAAGAAUACCACUUUGCCUAUCUCAACACUGCCACACCAGAUCAUCCCAAGAUGAUCCUCCCCGAAAACAAGAGAAUGCGGAUUGCCAUCAUCCACGUCGGUGCCCCGGCCGGAGGUAUGAACCAAGCCACCCGCGCCGUCGUCGGUUACUGCCUCACUCGUGGACACACCCCCCUGGCUAUUCACAACGGUUUCCCCGGCCUUUGCCGUCACCACGAUGAUAAGCCAGUCGGCUCUGUUCGUGAAGUCAAGUGGCUGGAGGCCGAUGCCUGGGUCAAUGAGGGUGGAUCGGAUAUCGGAACAAACCGUAGCCUGCCAUCAGAGGAUCUCGAGACCACCGCAAUGUGCUUCGAGAAAUACAAGUUUGACGCACUGUUCGUGGUGGGUGGUUUCGAGGCCUUCACAGCAGUCAGCCAGCUCCGCCAGGCCCGCGAGAAGUAUCCUGCUUUCAAGAUCCCCAUGGUUGUUUUGCCCGCCACGAUUUCGAACAAUGUGCCUGGAACCGAGUACUCGCUGGGAAGCGAUACCUGCCUCAACACUUUGAUUGAUUUCUGCGACGCCAUCCGCCAGUCGGCCUCGUCUUCUCGUCGUCGUGUCUUCGUGAUUGAGACACAGGGCGGUAAGUCGGGCUACAUCGCCACCACCGCUGGUCUUGCCGUCGGCGCCACAGCCGUGUACAUCCCCGAGGAGGGAAUCGACAUCAAGAUGCUCUCCAACGACAUCGAUUUCCUGCGCGAGAACUUCGCCCGGGACAAGGGAGCGAACCGUGCCGGAAAGCUCAUUUUGCGCAACGAAUGUGCCUCCAGCACUUACACCACACAAGUCAUCGCCGACAUCUUCAAGGAGGAGGCCAAGGGUCGCUUCGAGUCCCGUUCCGCGGUUCCUGGCCACUUCCAGCAAGGAGGCAAGCCAUCGCCGAUGGACCGUAUCCGCGCCCUCCGGAUGGCGAUCAAGUGUAUGCUGCAUCUCGAAGGCUACGCGGGCAAGUCGCGUGACGAGAUUGCGGCGGACCAGAUGUCUGCGACAGUCAUCGGUAUCAAGGGCUCGCAGGUGUUGUUCUCCGCCAUGGGCGGCGAGGACGGUCUGGAGGCGACCGAGACGGAUUGGGCACGCCGGCGUCCCAAGACGGAGUUCUGGCUGGAGCUUCAGAACUAUGUCAACAUCCUGUCUGGUCGUGCUUCUGCGGGAAAGCCGAUGUGGACAUGCUAUGAGACCAUUGACCCUUCGGCGCCAACUUCACCUUAG